AUGGCAAAGAGAUGGGCGAAAACAAGCUAUCCGCUAAACAAAUCGUACUGCCCGUUGGCGGUGGAAAUUCGUGGACACCUUAAAAAGGUCGCACGAAGAGUAGACCUUGGGGUAUUGGUCACAACGUUGUGCUGUGGAAAAGGAAUUUUCUGCGAGGUUGAUGUUUUACAAAUAUUAGGGGCGGUCCGAAAUUCCGACGAUCCGGUUACUCCAUACGGAGACCAGGCUUGGGAGUUCUAUCACCCUAAAUUCCAUUGCGACAAGAGAAAUCAGUUGGAUGAUAUCAAGAGGAAGACUCCAUCUAACCGUAGAAACGUACCGAUACCUUCGCCAACGGAACUACCCACCAACGUUCAUAUAACGGAGCUUCAAUCACAAAUAAACAACCUGACCAAGCUUCAAACCAGCAUGAACGAUCACCUACACUCUUUGAGCCAGAACUACUAUUCUGUCAUUCAAGAUUUAUUAAACUUUCAGAAAAAUAUGGUCGCCCAGGACCAAUUGAUGCAAAAUUUGCAAACACAAAAAUUGAUAAAUUCAUAUACCGAAGUUUCUCGAGCUUCAUUUGAACAAAUGAAUGCGAUUUCACGUCGCGCCCAAUCAAUGCACCAGAUGGUCAGCGGCGCGGUUGGAGGAAAUGGCAAUAGUUCGCCGGAGCCUGCAAAGAUUUCAUUGUCGGAAACGCCAAUAGAUUACAAUGAUGGUCCUUCACUGGGAGACGAGAAAUUAUCGAACUCCAAGGAUAAUAAUAACCUUGGACAUUUAGAAGAUGCCUACAUUCUACCGACCGAGACUUCAAGUAUUAGUCCCAGAGUUCAACCACAGACGGAUGCAUUUCAAUUGGCGCUGUCAAAUGAUUAUAUGAGGAGCCGGCCUGACCAGAUACUCAACGCACAGAUGUCAAAUGAUAGACUGACAGUAUUAACCAUGGGUCAAUUAAUGCCACGGCAAUCGCAGUCAUUGGCAUCUAAUCUGACACCUUCCGCGAGCACAAACGUAACUUGCGUUAAGAAAACUUCACCCUCACAAGGAUCGAACACCAUGCGUGUGGUUCGCAACACCUUCGUGCCCAAUUGGUCCGUUCCACCCAAAGUACUUUUGGUCGACGAUGAUGCAGUUUAUCAAAGUCUUGGUUCAAAGUUAUUACGGAUUUUUGGUUGUUCGAUAGACAUCGCUGUGGAUGGUAUAAGCGCCGUCGGUAAAAUGAACCUUGAAAAAUACGACCUUGUAUUAAUGGAUAUCGUCUUACCUAAUUUGGAUGGUGUGGAGGCGACAACCCAGAUCAGGCGUUUCGACCCCAAAACUCCAAUAAUCAGCAUGACAUCAAACAUCACAACUCAAGAGUGCAUCAAAUAUCUGUCGCAUGGAAUGAACGAUAUUCUUGCCAAACCAUUCACAAAAACCAUGUUAUUGGCGAUGUUGGAGAGAUACUGCAUGCAUCUUAAAAUAAUACCGACCUUUCAGAAUAUUCCACGGUCACUCGGUGCACUUGAUCAGCAGGCGGAAACGAUCGCGCCUUCGGAGAAUGGCGGUGGAAAUAAUAAUGAUCAUAAUAGUUGGACGUCAGAUCGGGUGCACGUCUCGAAUGCCCCAACCCUAACAAUUAUGAGGAGUAACGAAAAUUAUGUGCAAAUGACGAACGAGCUCGCCGUCACCCGCGGCGUGACUCGGUAUGCCGAGGAAAGUGAAAUUGAUAAUGGAUCUCGUAAAAAGCAGCGAUUUGAGUGGAUCGAAUGA